ACAUUGCGCUAUACUUUGUCACGAGUCGAUCGUCUUCAAGCCAAAUCGCUAAGCGACGGGCAUUCCAUGGUCCUUGAUAUUGGGAACGUCCCGAUGUGCCGAGGUGAUGGAUCAUACCGCCACGGGACGUACUUUUACUUCUGUGUAUCUCUUCCGUAGUCUACUGUAUGGGGAACUUCGAUAUAUGCAGCAGGCAAGCAGCAGAAGAAGCAAAACAAGGAAAAGGAAAUAUCAUGAAUCAUCAAACGUCUCAGGGGGGAGACAAAAAAGAAAAGGUCAUGCAAUGUCGAUCAAGCGAAAGGCAUAUAAUUCUCCAUCUUUCAAAACCAGCAGGCGAUGUAUGCACUACAUGGAUUGCCGGUGGAUUCCCAGGGAAGCCUGCCUACUUCCAGGAGAACCUAUGAUAUCAAACUAUAUUCGCAGUCCGAAACUCGGUCCCAUCGCCCAACAUCAGCUGAAACUCCUCCAGCAGGACAUGUCCUCAUCUUCGGCGAAAUCCAUCUUCUGUUAUCGUCAGGCGAAAAAGCUUACGUUCCGUUUUACUCACAGUCCAACGUUGAACUUUCCCCUUCAGUCCACGAGUCAACGGCCUGAGAGCAGGACGAUCCAUUCCCGUGGGUUCGAAAGUUUUCUGGCGGAUCGUGUCCGCGAGCGACUAACCAAGCAGAAAAGCAAACGCGAAAAAAGAGGAGGCGAAAAAAGAGGAGGAAAAAAGGUGAAACCGGGAAAAGGAUGUGCAGGAAUGCCGAUCCACAACCAACACCAAUCGUCAUCGGGGGGGGGCAGGUGCAUUGAAAGAAAGGCCGAAUCAGAAUGCGUCCGAUUGCUGUUGCUGAUCGUGAUUUUGGAAAAAUUAAAAGAGUUGACAUCAUAAUCCAGAUACAAGGUAUUUACUGCUUUAAAUUUUUAUUCUCUUACCCUUUUCUUCUCCUUUGGGGGAGCAUACUCCGGAGUAUCAAUUGCAAUUUAGCUCAGCAUCCUUCAUCCAUGGAACACAGUCACUGCUGACUACUGAUGGAGACCUGCAGAAUCCCAGACCCCGUUAAGGCUAUACUUGGGAUCACUACUAGUAAGGACUAGAUAAUCUUUAUGCAGCAUCCUGUAG